GUCACGGGAAUGCCUCAGGAAGGAGCGAUGGAAGGACACCUGUUAUAGGCCAGCGCAACACGGUCAGCAUCACGGGAAGGAUGAGCGUAGAUGCCGAGGAUGCGGUGGGGCGGCUAAGCCAUGACAGCAGCGAAGAAAACGACUGGGCAGCGGCAAAGGCGUUCUUUGACAGCUUGAAAACGACGACGAAGCCUCGACCGCCGAAACCAAAAAACGCCGUCACCAUCGCGGUAUCAUCGCGGACGUUAUUCAACAUGGUGAAGGAACGAAAGCUGUAUGAAGAGGAGGGGCUCGAGCGAUAUGUAUCGUAUCAGCUGGAGCACGAAGAUCAGCCUUUCACCCCGGGAGUCGCUUUCCCUUUCGUCAAGGCCCUGAUGGUUGUGAAUGCACGGCUGCGGGAGUUGUACCCAGACAGUGAGGAACUCUUCGAUAUUGUCCUGAUGACUAAUAAUCAUGCCCAGGUUGGAGUUCGCCUCAUCAACAGUAUAAAUCAUUAUGGUUUAUCCAUUGAAAGGUUUUGUAUGACGGGGGGAGAAAGCCCAAUUGGAUACCUGAAGGCUUACAUGACCAACCUGUAUUUAUCUAAAGACUCCCAAAAGGUACAGCAGGCUAUUGAAGAAGGCAUUGCUGCAGCGACCAUGUUCACCUGUGAUAACGAGAACAAACUUAGCGAUACUCAGUUACGUGUGGCCUUCGAUGGAGACGCCGUCUUGUUUUCUGACGAGUCCGAGAUCAUUGUAAAGAAGCACGGACUGGACACCUUCUUUCAGCAUGAGAAGGAGUUUGAGAACAAACCUCUGGCCCAGGGCCCCCUGAAGUGUUUCCUGGAGGCCUUGGGCAAACUGCAGAGGAAGUUCUAUGCCAAGAAUUUACGAAUCACAUGCCCCAUCCGCACCUACCUGGUGACGGCGCGCAGUGCAGCCAGCGCUGGAGCCCGUGUCCUGAAGACCCUGCGGAGCUGGGGCCUGGAAGUCGACGAGGCGCUUUUCCUGGCCGGCGCCCCCAAGGGACCCUUGCUGCAGAAAAUAAGGCCUCACAUCUUCUUUGACGAUCAGAUGUUUCACAUCGAAGGGGCUCAAGAGCUGGGCACCAUCGCCGCCCACGUGCCUUAUGGGAUAGGACAGAAAUACCAUAAGAGCAAGCCCUUAAAGCCAAAAGAGGCGGAGAAGUGAGAAUGUGGUAGUUACUGGAACUCAGCAGUGGUUCUCUCCCACUCUUUUAAAGUACUCCAUCCAGUGCUUUGAUUUUGCUCCACCAACACUAUAUCUCAAGCGGACCAUUAGUAAGGACUGCUUGUUUUGUAAAAGAGUUGCUUGUUUUGUAAUCAAGCAGAGCCGUGGACUAGCAGCAGUGAUUCCCAAGUCCAGUGGAGUGUAUGCCAUGCACUAUCCCUACUCUCACAGAUCAGGAAGCCCUUGGUAAUUAGCUGAGAAGUUGUAUGUGGUAUUUUGGACAAAAGGCAAAAACAGAACGAGAGCAAUGGCAUCCUUGGACCAGAAGGCUUUUAGAUGUUGGCUGAUCAUUUAGCAUGGAAUAACAGCCUGUGAAUAUCAUUGUACAGUAAAUCUAUAGCCCAGAAUGUACUGUAAUGUUAAUUAUCACUGUGUUUCUGUGUUUGGGGCCUUGAGUGACUGCAGAUGCUUAUAGUAAUUAUUAUUAUUAUAGAGCAUUUUUAUUUUAUUCUUUGAAGGUACCUCAUCCUAGGUGGGCAUAUCCAUCAACAUCGUUUUGUUUCUUUGUCUAUUAUUGUAUUUUCCAAAAGUCAACCAAGUAUUCUCCAUUUUAGUGUUUAUAAUGAAAGAAGGAAUAAUAUAAUAAUAAUAAUAAUAAUAAUAACAAUAAAUACUAUUAAUAUUUAAAAUAAUAAUACUUUCAA